UGUUCACUAGCUCUCCUACUCUCCUACUCUGAGUUGGAACGUGUGAGAUCUGUGUGUAUCCUGUCUUAGCUCGAGAUUGUAGGGAACCGAGUAGGCACAUGAUUGCUCAUUUAUAAGUCUGACCCCACUUGAGAAAGAGACAGUGAUAAAGAGAAAGAGAGAGACAGAGUCAGCAUAAGAGAGAAGAGACAGGGAGAGAGUACAAAGCAUUUCCACCUGUAAUACAAUGGAAGACUGUGCAGUGUCUUUCUGGAUUUACAUCGGAGUAAUGUCCAUCUUUGUUGGUGAAGUGGUGAAGAAGUUUCUGGCAUUCCAUAUCGGUGCCAUGCCCUCAGUGACGGCAUGGCUGGGUGCCACUCUGCUGGUGGAGAGACUGUGUGCACUGUGCAUGCCUGCUGUGCUGGCAAGAUUGGUCCUCUGUGUGUCCUGCUGGCUGUACUUUACGUGGGCCACCCCCAAACCCUUCCUGCCAGUUGAAGGCAAAGCUGUCUUCAUCACAGGUUGUGAUUCAGGGUUUGGUAACGCUACAGCAAAGCGGUUAGAUGCCAUGGGGUUUGAAGUGUUCGCUACCGUCUUGAACCUGGACGGAGAGGGAGCCAAGCACUUGCGCAGAGUCUGUUCAUCACGCCUUACCCUCCUGCAGGUAGACAUCACCCAGCCUCAGCAGGUACAGCAAGCCCUGCUCGACACCAAGGCCAAACUUGGCAUGAGAGAUUUGUGGGGGCUUGUUAAUAACGCUGGCUGUUGUAUAAACAUUGGGGAUGCUGAGCUCUCGCUGAUGUCCAACUACAGAGGAUGCAUGGAGAUCAAUUUCUUCGGAACGCUCACCGUCACCAGGUCCUUCCUGCCACUUCUCAGACAGGCUAAAGGCCGGAUUGUGAUGAUCUCCAGCCCUUCAGGUGAGCAUCCCUUCCCUUGUUUGGCAUCGUACGGGGCUUCGAAAGCCGCUCUGAAUCUUUUGACCAACACACUUCGUCACGAGCUGGAGCCAUGGGGUGUCAAAGUCUCCACCGUCUUACCCUCCGCCUUUAAGACAGGGCAGAGCAGUAACACAGAGUACUGGGAAAAACAAUACAAGAACCUGAUCCAGAACUUGCCUCCAAGCCUUCUUGAAGAAUACGGGGAAGAAUAUCUUCUGGAGACCAAGGAAUUGUUCCAGAGUCACGCAAAAACAGCCACUGAGGAUCUGAGCCCUGUCAUCAACACCAUUGUGGACGCACUCCUCUCUCCUCAACCCCAGGUGCGAUACUAUGCCGGGCCAGGUUUAACGCUCAUGUAUUUCAUCUGCAGCUACUUGCCUUUGAGCCUCAGUGACAAGUUCCUCCAGAAACUCUUUGUACAGAAGAAAGUGGUGCCUCGUGCCCUUAGGAGACAACAAGGCAUGAGUCUCAACGACAACAACAACAGCAUAAAGGAGAACAUGAAUAACAGUAACAACAACAACAACAACAACAACAGCUUCACAAAGAUUAUCGAUUAGUGCGUAAAAGCAUCCCUUAGCACCACUCAUGUGAUCUACUUAUUGAGAUAUGUUUCCACUGUGUAUACUUUGCUUUUCUCUUGUCUUUAUUUUGUUGUAUAUAUUGUGUAAUAUUUUGAGGGGAUCACUGAAUUGCACCAAAUCGCGUAUGGUAAACUCAGUGCUUAAAAGGCAGUUGAGCAUCAUGAAGUUAAUAAUAAUAAUAAUAAUAAUAAUAAUAAAUAAAGAGGUCAUGCCCACAGUCUAUAUUUAUAAUCAAUACAAGUUCUCAGGUGAGGCAAAAUCCAAACAUAUGACGAGGUUUAUGUAUUUCUCAGAAGGUAUAAAUUCUGGCCGUUCACAAUGGAGACACCUUAAUUGAAUUUGGUGUGAAAUCUCAAUUUUAAUUUCACUAAGGCAUGGAUGAUCAUUAACAGCCAAACAUCUGAAGCUGUGUUUUCCGAUACUGCACUGAGAGGCUGAUGAUAAUGUUACUAUGAUCAAACCAGGGUCAAAUGUGGUCAGUGAGCAACAUCAAGUGAAUACUGUGGGUUGUUUUUUGUUUGUUUGUUCUUUAAGUGACCAAUUGGCUGAAGUGGUUCCUAAAGUCAGAAGUCCUUUUGUAAAUGUAUUUUACUCCAUAGUUUUGCAUUUGCUAUAUUUGUUUAUUUUUUUCCAUGUCAUGUUUUUUUGGCAUAUUGAUGCCAUUUGUUCUUAAAUAAAUCACUUAAACUGUGAAUUUUAUACAAAUAUGGAAAAAAGAACAGAAAAAAAUCAAUUGUUCACUUGAUCAUUCUUAGAGUAUAUUAAAGUUGACUUUUCUUAAAUAAUCAA